GGUUCCCUUAUCGCAAUGCCCCGAUGAGGAUAGGAGACAUUCGGGACAGCAAAUUCAAAAUCAGCAAAUCAGCGAAAGUGGACUUGGUGUUGAGCAAGCGAUCGAAAGCUUAAAUUCUUGGAAAGCUUGGAUAGGAAGCGAACCGUGGCUAGCAGAUGCGGCGAAGGAAUUAUAUGUACGUUUUAGGGAGCUUAGGAUCGACAUAAGAGAAAAUGCUGAUUUUUGGUCUUAUUCUGAAUAUUGCGAGCGUUUAGCUUAUCACUAUUACAACCUCGCAUGCUAUUAUAAUGACGAAUUGCUUAAGAAACACAAUAUUUGCCUGGGAAAUGUGAAAAGGUCUCUGGAAAACAGUUUAGAAAAGCUUUCUGAAGUUUCUCGAGAGACUGAUUCGAAAGCGAUAAACGAUUUAAAGAACGAUGCCGAACGAUUUCUGGCGAAUGUGAACGAAGUGUACAAACAGCAGAACAACCUGCUAACGAAAUAUGGUUGUUCCGAUAUAGGAAAGUACACCGAGUUGUGUAUUGCUUUCGGUAACAUAAAUCAGGUGCCUUUGCAACAAUGCUCCGAUCGGGAUAGGAAAUAUUUGGAGCAGCAGCUUCAAAAUAUUCAGCUGUUAAAUGUCAUUGACGCGCUGGAAAAUGCAAUUACUUUGCCGGAAUACAAAAAUGCGUUGAUUACCGCGCAACAAUCUAAUUCUUUAGGACAGGCAUAUCAAUUAGCCGGGCAGCUUACGUUAAGCACCCAUUAUAUGAGAAGUUACGAAGAUCUCGUUAAGAAAUUGAUGAAUCCGGAAGAAAACGAUUAUGUCGACGGAAAACAACAGAUAAAAGACAUUAUUGUUAGGGAAAUCGAAGAACACAAUAGCAAUUUAGCUCAGGUUAAAUAUUACAUAAAAGGAGUAUUUCAUAAGCUCAGUUCCAUCGACGACGCUUAUAUUGAUCGAAAAUACGUAGAAUGUUGCUCGAAGUUCUGGAUAACAGAGGUGGUCGAUACAUUUAAAGAACUUACAGAUAAUAAAAGUAUCGGUAUCAUUCGGGAGGUUUUUGGUUCGCUGGACGGUAUCGAAAUGUUAGAGGACGUGCCUGAUUCUUUCAAACAGUUACGCUACCAUCGGCUCUUGACGGAUCCGCAUAAAUUGGUAAGCAAGGAGGACGAGAAAGCACUGAUAAGUCGAUUUAAGGAAGAGUGCUUGGAACGCAUGGUCGCCUGUGUCGAUUCUGCUCAGAAAGAGCUAGAUUUUCUAGACACUUUUCUCGAUCUUCUAAGUACCUCCGAGAAUCGUCAGUCGAUCAUUGUCGAGCUGGAGUUGGAGGACUUCCGUCGCGGCGAACUGUCGUUCGAUGAACUUCUUGAAAGGAUCAUUGAUCUCGAUACGAACACUUAUGGUGUAGGUCUUGCGACCUUGAAAAAGGCGGCGGAGUGUCUGCAGCAGGAACAAAAUCUAUUUUUGGUAGACAAACUGAAGGAAGUGAUAUGCGCUUACACGGCACCGGCGACGACGCGAGUAGUAAAACUAGAUGGUCGAUUAGUUGUUCAAGUUACAGGGAGGAAUAUUGUUGUCAGCGAGUUUUUGUUCGGGCUGGAGAACGCGCUUUUAAAGAAUUCGGAUAUAGAAGAGGUACGUUUAGUUGCCGGCGAUACCAUACAUAUCGACGUGGACUUGAAAAAUGAAGUAUGGCAUGGAAAGAAUCUAGUUAUUUUAACGAAAACGAUGAAAGUACAUGAUAGAGUAACCUGCGAUGUAUCUGGGAAAGAUAGCGAUCAUAGUUAUGAUGACGGUGGCUCCGCCAAUGCGGGGACUGGCGAAGAUGGUCACGGUAAAGAAGGAAAAGAUGGUUACGCGGGAGAAAGUGGCGGCAAUGUAUUAAUUUUAGCGGGAAAGAUCGAAAAUUUCAAGAAUUUCAUCGUUAUCUCGAAUGGCGGGAAAGGUAGCAAAGGCCAAGAUGGCGGGAACGGCAAAAACGGCAAAAACGGCGAAGGUAUCGAAGAAGCAGACUUUCAUGAAAAGUUUCCUCCUGUUGCUAAAUUACUGCUACCAAGAAAGGACGCAAUAGCGACUAUUAUUCGUAACAUGGCAGAAGAUUUAUCGUUAGAAAAAACCGUAUGGGUUAAUGGUGCCCAUAUAACAUUUGAAAAGCUUGCAUCAAGAGUGGAAACACUAAUGAAUUUACCUAUCUUAGACAUAAACGAAGACAUGUUUAUAGAGACACAGACAAGUGACGGAUGUAAGAUCACUUUUUCUAUGGCUGCGGAAUUUGGUAUACAACUGUGCCAGUCUUUUCUUCUGUACGAAGGAUCACCAGGACAGCCAGGAGGACAUGGCGGAGAACCCGGUUUGGGUGGUGAGGGUGGGUAUGCUGGAGAGAUAAUAGUAAGAAACAAAGAAAGCGGGCAGGAAUUCGAUAUCGUAAGAAAGGCUGAGCGUGGGGAAGAAGGAGAAAACGGGAAGAGAGGCCGCCCUGGUAAUCCUGGAGAAAAUGGUUGGGAUAUGGGUAACAUGGACUAUCAAGUAUCUGGUUUCUUUACAGAAUCAUGGCCGAAAUUUUUUGGUACAGACAGAAAGAGUAAAUGUAGGUUACGGUAUUACGAUGGUAAUAAAAGCAAUCGUGUAUGGUGUACAUACGAAAAGAGAUAUGCUGAAAUCGUAGCUACUCAGAUCGAGAACAGAAAGCAAAGAGAAUGCGAUAGAAAGAGAGAAACUAGGAGAAAUAGCGGUCGACAACACCACGCGCAAGCUUCAAGGAAAAAGAACAUCUCCGAAGACAGUAUUCUAGCUACUUAUUCUGAUCGUCUGAGCUGCAUAGAAAGGGAUAUUCUGCAGAGUUUGCGAUCCGAUUUAGGGAGCUCAAAGCAGCAAGCCUUGCGAGCGAUCCAUGAAAAUCAAGAACAGCAAAGGAAGGAGACCAUGGAGUUAGGGGUCAAACGGCAUGUCAAUUUCAUUGCUCAAAGUACAAACAAGCGUCGUGCCGACGCUGCUCCUAGUGCCACAUACAAAGAGGCUGCUAAUGUUCACGGUUUGAUCGACGAGUUGAAACGCGAGCCGGAUUUAUUUGACAAUUGGUUACAAUUGCGAGGCAUAGAACUAAAUCGCAAUACUCUCGACGAGCUAUUUUCGAUGUUUGACACGGUUAAACAGGGAUUCCGUGGAAAAUCUAAUCCGCAGGGCGACACGAAAGAUAGCAAGUUGCAGGGUAUAGAACAGCUUCUGAUAGAGAAGUACAGACUUACUACUUUGGAAGAGAUUGCAAAGCUAUUGCCAGUUUACCAAGAAAUUACAGACGAUGUAGAAUUGACACCGGAAAGCGCAGCGAGAUAUCUCGUCGAAGACAAAGAGAAGCCCGACAGCCUGUGCCAUCCUGUUUUGGGAGCCUUCAAUCAAUAUCUUUACGAAGACAGCAAAGAGCAACGCGAAAAGAUCUCGAGAUUCUGCGAAAAAGAAUUGCAGAGCGACAACGGGAACCGUGAGAUCCUGAAACGCUCCUUGACAAUGUUUAUCUUCGACGCCAGCAAUUCGGAAAAAGCACGCCUCUGCGUUAAACAGUUCCAUUUACAGUUAGAAAGUAUCGAAGACAAAUCUCUGAGUGAUAAGAUCGAGGAAGACGAGGUUUGGAGCACCGUUGACGACCGGGAUCCAGAGCUUCUGAAAGAGUACCACGAUCAUAUCAAAAUCGAAGGACCGUUUUCGGAAAGCUACAGAGUAUUAUUGGCUUACGCCUUUGGUAUUAAUAUCAGAUUAUACGUCGAAAACGAGCACAAUACAUUGUCUCUGGAGGAGAAUCACAACCCGUUGUCCGAACGAGUUGUUCAUGUGUUACAUAUAUCCGAUGGAUUCGUGCAAUUAACUGUUGACAACGACUACUUCCAGUUAGAGGAAAGCAGCAAAAGAGGAGACGAUUUAUACGGGCGGGUUUUAGCGAGAAUCGAUACGUUCGAACGAAAACAGGAGUUUGACGAUUACUUGGCGAGGCGAGCUUUUUUGUCGAGGAGAGAAGACGAGAGACUCGAUCGGCCUGAUUGCAACGAAGACGGUUCCCGCGAACAACAAGAUAUAAUUGAAAUUUCCGAGUAUUUUCCUACAGAAAAACGACAGCUGAUAAAACGAUUGGAGAUCAUGACGUCCCAAUAUACUGGGAAGCAAGGAAUUCUACGAAACAUAUCGAAACGCUUCUCCAGUGAAGGGUGUCACGUGUCCUCUCUAGAAUUGUAUUGCUUACUGAACUCGAUUCUACGUUGCAUCGUCGACGAUGGGAGGAAACUGAACACCUUCCGUUGGAUAGUCGAUGCACAUCCUCAGAGAAAUUGGAUAGACGAACUGAUAUUACUGCAGUUCGAAAACUAUUUCAGGAGACGGUUGCCAGAGAAGCGUGAAUGGAGAGGGUACCUAUCGCAAAUCGGAAACAAGAACAUUUUAUUGUCGUUUUACGUGAAGCUGGAACUCUGCACGCCAGGCAGCUCGAUUUCUACGAAGUGCGUCGGGAAUGUACUGUACCUGUUGAGCAUCAUCGCGGACGAGGCAAUCGAUCUGGAAGGACUGGGAUUGUCUGAGUGGUCUCAUGCCCUCAAGGAGAAAUAUUGGUCGCGCAGACUGUUUCGAUUGACAGAUUGGCGUGUUAGCGAAAUGUUACCGACGGCCACCUACUAUCUCUUGUCCAUCGAGAAUACUUUCGGUGCUGUUCUAGUCAAGGAAUUCCUAGAUAUCCUCGAAACAAAAAGGCACGGGCUAUCCGCCGAUGCGAUUACUGAUUUUCUGGCGAAUUUUCAUAACGAGAAAUGGCACUUAAGCAGAGAAGAGUUGGCGAUGCUCACUAGAUGCAACAUCGCCGAAUGGACACGGCGAAUGCAGCAAAAGUUCGUUGCCGAUGAAAAGGACAGGAACGUGGCGCAAUUGGUUAAACUGAUCAAAGCUAAUGCCAACAGUUCGACAGGAAUUACCGGGAAAUUAACAGAAAUCGAAAAGUGUGUACAGAAUAUUUCUAACAGGAAUUAUGCGAUCGCCGGCGGAAAGUCUGUAGCCAGCUACACGGAAUACGAUAUUAAAAAUUCGUUGAAACGAUAUCCAAGCACCAUAGAUGAAAUAAAGAAAGACACCGCGAUGGAAAUGCUUGCUGUAAUAGUUAGAGCGAUAGAACUGAAGAGAGGAUUCAAGCUUCGCGAUACUCAAAAGUUAACUGUGUUGGCGUUGUUAGCAAACAAACGCACCUUGGCGCAAGUGUCCACUGGAGAGGGAAAAUCGUUGAUCGUAGUAGCAGCGUCGAUCAUGAAAGCGCUGUGCCGAAAAAAGGUAGACAUUAUAACCAGUUCUUCAGUGUUAGCGAAACGAGAUGCGGAAGAGAACAGCGACAUUUAUGGUUUGUUCAACGUGAACGUAUCGCACAACUGCAGCGAGGACAUUGAAGAAAGAAAAAAAGCGUACUCUGGUAAUCAGGUGGUGUACGGUGACCUAUCGAAUUUCCAGCGCGACUAUUUGCUGGACAAGUUCUACGGGAGAAAUAUCUUAGGGGAUCGUAACUUCGAGAACGUGAUUGUCGACGAGGUGGACAGCAUGCUGCUCGACAAGGGCAACAACGUGUUGUACUUGUCUCACGAUUUGGCGGACUUCGAUAAGCUGGAGUCCGUUUACGUUUACAUUUGGCAGUGGAUCAACAGACCGGCUGGAAACACCGACGAGCUACUCAAUGCUUUCGACGGCGAAGCAAUUAAAGAAGCGGUGCUAGACGACUUGUUCGGCUUAGUAAGAUGCAAGGAUAUUGAGAAACUUGGCCCUGAUUUAAGCGAGCAACAUAGGAAGAUAAUAUGGGAGCGUUUGAUCACGGCUGGGAUAUUAAAUGGCCAGGGCAAGUUGCUGGAUGGAAACAUCGGAAAGGACCGCCUCAAGAUAAUAAUUGGACCCGAGUUCAGCGAUUACCAGGAUCGGCUUGGUUAUCUUCUAAAGGAGACCGCCGAGAGGGAAAAGUUGAUAAAGGUCCCCAACCACCUCAGACCUUUCAUCGAACGGCACUUGGAAUCCUGGAUCAAGAGCGCUAUAACCGCGUUCCUGAUGAAAGCUGACCAAGACUACGUGGUGGACGUGGACCGAACCGGUACUAGUCCGGACCGUGAUCCCAAUGUCACGAUUCUCGACAGAGACACGGGAACGGAUCAAGCUAACUCCCAAUGGGACGAGGCGCUGCACCAGUUUCUACAGCUGAAACACGGCUGUAAAUUGUCUCUACAGAGCUUGAAGGCUGUGUUCGUCUCGAACGUUUCUUUCUUGAAAUUGUAUCGGAACUUGUACGGCCUGACGGGGACUUUAGGCUCGCCCAGCGAAAGGGCUCUGUUGAAGAAGAUACACGGAGUCGACUUCGUUACCAUUCCUACAGCGAGAUCGAAGCAGUUCCACGAGGACAAAGCCAUUCUUUGCACCAGUAAACGGGAAUGGAAGGAUCGGAUAUACAACGAGGUACGAAAGCGAACCGAGAAACGAUCCGUUCUGAUCAUCUGCGAAACGGUGAAUGACGUGGAGAUCUUGCGUACGGUUUUCGACAGGAAAGACGUGAAAUCUGUCCGCACGUACACGCGCGACUACGAAAAGUUCGAUGCCGGUUGUGACGGUAAGCGGUUGGAUGGGGGACAUAUUAUUAUCGCGACGAAUCUAGCCGGUCGCGGAACAGAUAUCAAGAUUACGAAAGCGUUGGCGGAAGCGGGGGGUUUGCAUGUCUGUUUGACUUAUCUGCCGAGAAACAUUCGGAUCGAACAGCAAGCGUUCGGGCGAGCAGCGAGAAGCGGGGAAAAAGGAUCUGGACAACUGAUCGUUGUAGCUGUAGAAGGACAGGCAUACAGCAAUUUGAAGAUCGUUGACUUAAAGAUAGAGCGCAACGCCGAUGAGCUGCGUCGCAUAUCCGAGAUAAAAUCCUACUACGAAACGCAAAUUACCGUCGAAGAGGAUUGCUUUAAUAUGUUCAAAAACCAGUACGAACGAUUGAAGAAAAACCUUGAUAAGGACAAAGUACCUGCCGAGGUCAAAGAGAUUCUAUUGCACAGCUGUUUAGACAAAUGGGCUUUUUGGUUGGACGAGAAUAACAGGCGCAUCAAGGACCUGGUAAACGAUCGCGGGAUAAGAAGCUUUUACGAGUUGAUGAACGAAUUUAUUUCGAAACUGAAAUGUCUAGAACGUGAUAGCAGGAAUUGGUCGGCUUGGGUUCGGGGGAACCCGGUUCAAACGAUAAAACUCGGCAAGUAUCUCUGCCAGCAUCAGCCUUCAACGCUUGACAAAGCUGUUGAACUGUUCGAUCAAGUGAUCGGACAAGUACCAGAGUUUUCCGAAGCAGCGCAUUAUUACAAGGCGUUUGCACUGGCAAAGAAGAUAGACUGGGAAGAAGAACCUCUGGAUGAAACAAAUAAGGCGAUCCUGAAAAUGAUGAAGGAAGAGUUACGAGAAGCUGGAAGGCUUUUCGACGAACGUACUACGGCUGCCAUGACAGCCACAGGUAUUAUCGCCAAGAUCAAGAAGAAUAAUAACGAGAGCAUUAUUCAAAUCGACGCUUAUGAAAAACAGCAGAGAAGCUUAUUAAAUCUUUACUGCGUCUUCAUACAGUCCAUAGACGACAUCCUCGGUCACGUCGUGACGCCGCAGUCUUUCGUUAACGAUGACGUUAAAGAGGAAUUGGCUGAAGCUCUAUACGAAGAUUUUCUCCGAGAAGGUACCUUGACAAAGCCACGAAUAAAAGAUGACGUUUCUGACGAAGAGCUGGAACAGGUAUGCGCUGGUUAUGGAAUAUCGGCCAAAACAUUAAAAGACUUUCUUUCCGAAUACAAAGGGAGAACGAUCAGCGAGGAGAAAUUUCAAAAGGCAUUGAAAAAUCAAAUGCGACUACCUAGUCGGAGCCGAUUCUGGAAAUCGCUGAUCGACGAACGAGUCCUAUACGAUGAGGUUAAGUAUGUCAUAGUCGAUAAUUUGAAUGAAACCGAUCCGUUGCUGUCGGAUGUCUCGACUGUCGUCGAACGGCUGCAGAAGCACACACUGGAGUCCGAGUCCGAUAAAGGAGAGAUCUUUUUAUACGCGGAACGAAUCGUGCAGCAUAAAAAUAACGCGAACGUUUUCAAGAAAGGUGACUUUGUGAAGGCCGUAGGCGACGACAAAUAUCGAGCAUUGAAAAAGAAAGGGUUGCUCUCGCUUAACAGAAAAGCGCGUAUAGAUAAAGACAAAAUCGGAUCUGUCGGCUUCUCCCAGUGUGAUUCGAUUACUUUGGAGGAUUUUACCGAAAUUAAUAUCGUGAGAAACGAGGCUGAACGAAUCUUGGAAGAACUCGUUAAACGGAACAUCAUCGAGAAGAAGGAUCGCUCGGAAAACAGUGUCUACGGACUGAAAGUUCAAUUCGAUGGGAUCUAUCAGGUUCAGAUGCCGUUCUGUCCAGUAUAUGAGAACGCCGUGAAAUGUCUGUUGGGCGUGCGUUUCGCUUAUAGAAUAGCCCUGCAGAAGAUUGCAAAACAAUUCGAAGAGAAAAACUUUCCUGUUCGCAUACAGUUGAUGAGCAAAUCUGAUCGAAGUAUGACGUUAGAAUUACUGCAACAAGGAAUCAUCGUACCUGCUACGGUGACAACUGGCGAUUUAGACGCAAACGUGAGGAGUUUGUAUAAAUUACCGGCGACCGACGACAAUUUGAUGGAUAUGCUUUCCCAGAGCAUACCGAUCUCAAAGGAACGUACGGAAGCGCUUUUUCAUCAUCUAGUCGAUAAAAGAUGGAUUCUUCAAUACCAUCUGGCUCAAUCAAUCGAAGAGAAAGGCGUUCGGGUUAUUAACGAAAUUCCAGAAACUGUUACGAACGUUGCUGUAUCUAAAUUUAAAAACCUUUAUUCUAUCAACGGCUCUGGCAAUGAGCGAGAGCCUCUGGACUCUUCUUACAAAGAUUUCGAAGAUACGAUAAGAAAGAUUUUUGACAGGCGAUUAGUACUGGCGAAAGAGGAUACGAUGAAAAACGUGAUCAAUACUUUAGAAUCGUUAAGAAGCGCACUGAUAUCGUUAGAAGUUCCUAGUAUUAAACUAAAAUGUCUCGCUGAGUUCUCUGGUGAAGGUGAAUUUGCAAAUAUAGUAGAGGUACAUGUCUUCUUUCUGAAUAGUUUAGAUUACGUGCUGCAAUUCGAAGAGAAAAGAUGGUCGAGAAAAAUGCUCUUUAACAUUGCGAUGGUCGUUUUAAUAGGGACAGUUCAAAUAGUGAUAGGUGCUAUGAUAGAGUUAUUUUCGGCAGGUACCUUCACUCAUCUCGCAGCUGGAUUUAUUAGCGAAGGUGUAAACGAUAUCUUCUAUGCUGGCGGAGCGUUGUGGUCAGGCUAUUUUAGUUGGAAAAAUUAUAGGCAACAGAAGUUCGAGAGUGUAAUAAUGACAGCCAUAACAGUCGGCGUAGGAGCAUAUUUUUCGAGUGGCGCUAAGGUAUCGUAUUACGGUCAUAAACUAGCUGGACCUGGCUUGCAGGUUGGUGGUAAAGUCGCCGAAACGUCUGGCAUACAACUAAUUAAAAUCGCGGGUUGCAAAUGGGUGGGAAAAGAACUUGCGAAGCGUAUUGUGUCGAAGGUUAUAGAAGGGCUGGUGUUUGGCUUUGCUAACACGAUGGUCGACAGUCUCAUUGAAAAUCAGCUUCGAGAGUUUUGUAGAUACAUGUCUUCCGAGAUUAUAUUAAUUAUUGAACGCUGCGUAGGGAUGCACGAUAUUUCUACAAGCUUGAAAGAAGCCUACAAAACAUUAGGAGCGAAGGAAGCAACAAACUUGAUCGACAAGUUAACCAAGAGUGCUUUUUCCGAGAAAAGUUACAUGCAAGAGUUUUUACCUGCUGUAAAAAGCAUAGCCAAUUCGGUAAUUCAGGGGAUUGCGAAUGCUGCUGAGAAAAGAAGCAUGACAAGCAAUACCAUGCAGUUUCCUAUUCGUAUCAUCAGUAUAGGAGCGGUUUUGUUGGAACAUUCUUUACAAAUUGUCGAUAUGGCACUAGUAACCAGCAGGUUUUUAAAUCAUUUGAACGAGGAGAUCAAGAGCGAGUUGCGUAAACAUGCUGAUCGAUGCUCGCCGGUCCGUGAACAAGAAGCAGAGGAUGACUGUGAGAGGUUCAAAAACCAAAUAAUCGCGAUGUGGCAGAAACUACUUCGCGACCAGGUUGGACAGAAGAUAGAACAGAAUAUUGUAGGUCCUAUUCUUAAAGCAGGUGUUAAUCGCAUAAUAAGAUAUGCUGGACAAAUGAUAGCGGAAACAUAUCGGUCCUACAAGGAAAGUCUGAACAGUAAGUACUUCGACAACAGAACGCAGGAGUAUCGCGAAGAGUUGGAGAAUACUGAACAGCAACAGCACGAUGACGUGUCUAAGAUAAAAGAACAAAUUGAACAGAAGUAUCAGGAGGAUAUAAAGCAGUUGUUGGAGAAGACUCGUUGUCCUCGUUUAUUCGCAAAAGCAGUCCGAGAAAAUAUCCCAAUGGAUAUGGUUUGUAUCAGUGCGUCUCUCGAGUGCGUAACUGGAUUCUUGAAACAGCAAGGAAUUGAUAUACCAGGCAUUACCAUCGUUGUCACGGGAGAAGGCGGUAUAAGACAAACAUUCUCCUCGGCGCCAGAAGGAGCAAACGUGCCAAUUAUUUACCUCGAGCAUAAAGAUAAUCAUUACCGGCUUUCUGGAAGCGGAGAAUCGGAGACCAGAGGAAGUGGUGGAUCGAUGAACGAUUGCUUGCGUCAAGCUUUAUCGGAAGGUAUACCUGAACUAAGAAAUAUGUCACGAGAUGAUUUCAGGAAUGGAGUAGCUGAUCAAAUUGAACGUGAUCCGAAAAUACAAAAUCACAUCAAGCAAGGCUGGCAUGCGCUCCCUUUGCGGCAUGGUGUGUUUGGUGGUGGAAACUCAAGGCGUAAGCGACAAAGAUUUGUAGAUGAUUCAUCGUCGACCGUUAACAAUGGAUUGUUCGCUACCCCUGAGAACCCUUCGAAGAAAACGAAGAAAGGGAAGAAAGUGAAGAAAGUGAAGAAAGUCGCUGUUCACUUUUUCGAUCGUUUCAAACGCACUAUUCGCUUAGCUGGAGCAGUGCAAAAGAUUGCCGAGAUGGUCACCGGUAUGAGUAGAAGUGAAAUAAUUAAAGCUGGGGCAAGUCAAAGCACAGAUGGAAGUAGCGGGCUAGGAAGCGAUUUGCCCUCGGCACAUGUGCUUAGAUUUGUGAUCAACUCAGAGUUAAAGAAGAAUUUUGAAGGGAUUUACAAUAACCUCGAUACAUUUCUAGCCCAUACCCAAAUCGUUCCAAGAUACGCGAACGAUUGGCAUGGCAUGGGUGGAGCUGUAGAUAGAUGCCAAGGAGAGAUUUAUGAAGUAUUAGUCAGCAUAGAUUUCAACAAAGAAAUGACUUCAGAAGCUACCGAUAAAAUCAAGGGCGUGCAGAAGAAAUACACAGAUGUACUAAACAAGGAACGUGAAAAAUUAAUAAAUCAACGAAAUGUAAGCUGCGAACAGCAACGUGCAGAAAGAAUAUUUGUACUAGGGCAGUCGAUAAACUUUCUGAAUAAUAUUUCAGUUGAAGAACUGUUUGAAAAAGGAUGUAAUGGUUAUAAAAAUGAGGAUAUGAUAACCAACAAAUUGAAAAAAAAUAAGAAAUAGAGUAGAUUUAAGGUUGAGGCUCUGGUAGUAAAAUAAAAUUCGGAAGUUCAGGCUCCAUGACUUAUUCAUUGAUUCGAACGCUGCACUGAACCCUCUUUCAUCUGUCACGCUCCACGGUCGAAGCACGUGGCACCCGAUCGAUCAACCGCGUUGUAAUUGGCGCCCUCGCCUCUCAUUAAUCAAUAAUGCAUGCAAUAAUGCAAAAUUUGUUAAUAAACAAAGCUGCAGAUUGUAUUUUCGUUAAGGAAAAAGUUACUUAGAAUGACCUCAGCUACUUCCCAUUUCCGUAAUACAAGACAUUUUUGGAACACCCUGUAUGUACAUGACAAUCUUUUUUUAGAAACAGUAUCAAUGAACUGAUAAUGUUUUUUCUGAUUAAGAGAAGUCCAAACACACCAUAAAUCGGAUAAAAUGGCUACGUGAGUAUUCCAACGUUUCAUACGAAGUGCACCAAACAACUUUAUUUACGGCUUUCGAGGAUAUAUUUUAAUUUGCGUAAUUUUGAGUAUAUAUGCACAUGUUCGAAUAUCGGCAUAUACAUAUACGAGAACACAUUAACAAUUACGACGUUACAAUUGUUUAUACCUUUCUUGAUAUUUUCGUACCAAGAAAUAGUACCUUCCGUAUUAAAACGAGAUGUUUAUUCCAUGAAGCUUAUUAUAAGAAGUUAGAUAGAGAUGUGAGGAAAUUUAUUAACAUUAAUUAUAAACUACAAGUAUAUUUAAAACUAUAUUUAUGUUCUAUAGAUUUCUUGGGCUAAUAUAUCUAAAUAGUCGAGCGACAUAUACACAUGUAUGAAAAAUACGUGAAUUAAAAAUUUCAAAGUUUUUAUUAAUUUAAUAUGUAUAAAAAAUUAAAAAUAGAUUUAACG